GAUUGUUCGUCCAUUCAUUCGCACAAAGCACAAUAGUAAGCCGUUUGUAUUAUAACAACUUCUUAUCCAUACGAUAAAUUAAUUGAAUUAUAAAAUAUUACCGUGAUUUCAGCAUCUCGAUAUUAAUAUAUUUCAACAAUACAAAUAAAUACUUGAAGCUCUUUGCUUUUUGUAUCUUAUGUAAUACUCAUCACCCCCCACCACCUUUGAAAUUUCCUUAAGCCAGCUGAUUCUUAUUGACAGCUGAUCGGCCUCGUAAUUACCUAUUUACCUCUGCACAGAAUAACAUUAAUGUAAAUAAAUCUUUAAAUAAUAAUAAUGGUGAUAUUAAACUGUAUGCUUAACAAUUUCUCAAUAACUAAAUUUCGAAUAAUACAAUCUCCACGUUAUGUUUUUCGGUAUUGCUGCACUUACGUACAGGGUCAAAGUCCAGAACAUAGAGUCAGAGAAUAUUUUUAUUUUAUCGAUCAUCAAGGAAUGCUUUUUCUAGACGAUACAAAAAUAAAAAACUUCACAUCCUGUUUUAAAGACAAAAAAUUUUUGGCAUUUUUUUUUAAAAGAUUGAGAUUAAAUAAUACUGAUAGAUAUAAAGAUUUUCCAUAUUUGUCAUUGUGUGGUCGAGAGCGCAAUUAUGUUAAAUGUGAUGAUCUACCGAUAGUCUUUACACAAGUUUUACAAAAAGAAAACGUAGAAACUGGUAAAAAAGAAGACUAUUUUAGUUAUAAUCAUGCACAUGAACUUUUAAUGAUACCAUUUGAGCCAAACAAAAUUUUCAUGAGCGUACAUUCUGGUAGAGUUUAUCAUCCUGCUCCAGAAGUCAUAGGCGGUAUUGGCCUUGUAAAAUCAAGUUUAGCUAUUGAAUUUAGCUCACACUUCUAUUUCGAGAAUGGUGCGGAAAAUGGUCCCACACAAUUUAAUUGGCAAGGAAAAGAAUAUAAGCUUGAUUGCGAGUGGUAUAAAUUAAAAAUAUAGAAAAGUCAAUGUUUAUAAUGAUGGUGAAA